GGAUCAUGGCCCAACAAACAAAAUAAACUAUAUAUUGGGAAUAUCUUCGCGAAAGAUGGGAAAGAUUGAUGUUUUUACUGUAGUGUUCGCCGGUAAUAAGAGUGUUUACUACCCAGGAGAGGUUCUUAACGGUGCUGUAAUACUCAAGCUUAACAAGGAACUCAAAUUACGUGAACUUAAAAUCGAAUUUCAUGGCGAAGCAAGGGUGAGAUGGUCACAAUCUAGCGGAUCAGGCAACAAUCGAAGAACACAUACUUACCACAACAGUGAAGUCUAUAUUAACACUUGUGCAACUCUAUUUGGAAAAGCUCCAGGAGCUAAAGACAGCCCYGUCCUUCAACCWGGAGAGUAUAACUACCCAUUUCAAUUUCAUAUCCCACCAAACAACCUACCKUCAUCAUUUGAAGGGCAGCAUGGUCAUAUUAGGUACUGGCUUAAAGCUGUGAUUGACAGGCCGUGGAGAUUUGAYGUAACAACUAAGGUUGCAUUCUCUAUGAUUGAAAUUGUUGAUAUAAAUCUAAACAACUUGGUUUGUCCUUUGCAACAAGAAACAUCUGAACAGUUGGGUAGUCUGUGUUGUGUUGCUGGUCGACUGGAAAUUAUUAGUGCUACAGACAGGGGGGGUUAUUGUCCUGGCGAACUGAUUAAUGCCUCGUUGUAUAUCACAAACAAUUCCAGUCAAGAUCUUCCUGGUAUUGAGCUAUCUUUGCAUCAAACAACAACAUUUAUUGCUUCUACAGGGAGAACAAGACAAACAAAGAAUACUGUACAACAAGUACAACAUGAAGGAGUACAACGUGGUAAUGACGGCCAUUUCCCAUCAAUCGCUGUUGCUAUUCCAGCUGUACCACCCACCAUGUCAAGCUGUAAAUGCAUUAAGAUUAAUUAUGAUCUUAAGAUUAAAAUCAGAGUAUCAGGUUGCCAUUCAAACUGUAAGUUGAAGUUUCCAGUAGUGGUAGGSUCAGUACCAUAUUACCGACCACCGUUGCCACCUGUACAACCUAUGCAGUACCACCAGCCAGCAUUACAACCCAGUGCUCCUAUGCUACCAAUGGGUGAAGAAGCAUCACCGUCAGGAAUGAACACAGCUCUUCCUGCUUACUCCCCUUCAGCACCAAACCCACAAGACCAGCCGCCAUCUUAUGCCCAGUGUAUGUUCGGUGGUGCUUCAAUCCGUGACGAUGCAGACGGGCAAGGUGCUAUGGGAAAUAUGAACUUUGUACCUGUAUACCCAUUUGUCAACAACUACCAGAUACCACCCCCACAGGCAGCAAAUGCUCCUGUACCUGCUUAUAAAUCAUAGAAAUCGCUCACCAGCUACCACCCCCAUAGGCAGCGAAGUUCUCUCCUGUGGUUGCUUAUAAAUAUUAGAAGACAACUACCAACUACCACCCCYAAAGGAAGCUAAUGCUCCUGAAGCUGCUUAUAAAUCAUAGACGACAACUACCAAAUAUCACCCCCAUAGGCAAGGAAUUGCUCUCCUGUUGCUUAUACAUGAUAGAAGACAACUACCAACUACUACCCCCAAAGGUGGCUACAUUUCCUUAGCUAAUGACAGCUGAACUACUCCCACAGGCACAUAAUUAUGUAGCUACUGUUAUUGAAAGAUGAUGCCGCUGAUGUUGAUGAUGAUGAAAAUAGGGGUAUUUAUGAUGAUGAUGUAAUCAUAUAAUUUUAGAUUUGUGAAGCAAAGAUCAGUACAAUAUAGAUGCUAAAUAAUGCUGAAUCCGCUGUUUCCUAUUAUCAAUCAGCACUUUUUAAUGGUAAUAAGUUUUAAAAGUGCUAUUUGUUCAUGGAUUAAGUGUGUUACUCGUGACAGUAGCGUAAUAAAAGUAAUGUGAAAUUGUUGCAAUAGCAAUAGCGUUAAAGUGCUUAUGUGCAACUAUACUAAUGUAUAUAAAAAAUGCAUCAAAAUAAUAAUUCAAGGUAUUGGUCUUGCUCAAUUGAUGUCAAAAUUUUAAGGAAUAAAACUUUUUUGAGUUUAAAAGAAGACAAAAGAUGACUAUGAAGGCUCUUUUUUCACUAAAAUUUGAAAGGUAAAUAUAAUUUGCACAGCGGAAAUUUUUUUUAUUCUGACAACAAACUUUAUUUAUUAGUUUGUAAUUUAAUUAAUCUCAUUGUGAAAACAAUGAGAAUUAGUCACCUACUUGUGUUUCUAUACAACCAACUGACAAAACUGUUGAUAAUUAGGACGUCGAGCUUCACUGUUCACAGACCAUAUGAAAAAGGGUGUGGCUGUUGUAGCGUCUUAGCUUAGAAGUUGUUCAAUAUAUAAUUACUACCCGUUAAAAGAACAUAUUUUAGAUAGUAAAUUAUGAAAGUUUCAAUGCUCUAACAUUGUCAAGGUCUAGAAAUUAAAGGUUUUUGAAAUUGCAAAGUUUGAGUGAAAAAUCAGUAUAAGGAGCGUUUAAGGUGUUUAUUCUCAGUGUUCUGCUCGUUUUUCAUAUGGUCAAUAAUUCAGUUUAAAGUACGAGAAURUAUUUAAGGCUCUAUGAUAUUUGAAAUAAAAACAAAAUGUCKUUUGGUUA